CAUGAGACCAGGAAUAUAAGAACUUUCAAAUGUGUUUCUCUUGAUGCUGGUUUUUAUAAAAAGGACUCAAUGUAUGCAUGUUGUUGCACAUACGUGUACAUAUUAUACAGUAUGUGGGCUGUAAUCUGCUGUAGGUGUUUAUAUGCAGCGGGGGGGCAUGGCUCACUGGUUGCUGGAAGAGCAGGCGAGGAAUGCGAGUCAACAGGCCCAGAGUCAGCGGGCUGCGUCAGAGCUGGAGAAGGAGAGGAGAAACAUCCUCAAUGCCAUGAGAUACAGAGACCCGGAGAAAGUGACAGGUCUGGGUGCAGUGACAGGCGGUGUUGUGGGGGACAGGAUGGGAAAGCAGUCCCAGUCCCAUGCGGAGCUGGAGCGCCAGCAGAUCCUGAACGAGAUGAAGAAGAAGACUCCGAUGCUGAGGGACAAAAGCUGGAUCCGCCAGGACUCAGCCGCCAUCGGCACCACCCAGGAGUCCCACGCACCCUCAAUGCGCAGAGGUGAGUCUCUUGACAACUUGGACACCUCCUACAACUCCUGGCGCUCCUCAUGGACCCCCAGAAGCACCCCCCACAUCCCAAACUACUCUGCGCCGUACUCUGGGGGCCCUUCCCUUUAUGGUGGUGGUCUUGGGGCCCAGCGUCCUGUCUCCUCCACCCUGCCUUCCUCCUACUCCAUGGGCUCCCUCCGAGGCGGGGCAGGUCCCCCCUCGUCCCCUUGGUCCCGGCAGUCUUCUUCCCCCUCUCCUUCCUCUCCGUCACCUGCCACUUCUCCAGAGCCCACGUCAGAGGCAGGCGCCUCUCAGCAGCGCAGCAGGUCAGUGAGUGGCAAGAAAAUCUGUACGUUCUGUGACACCCCGCUGGGAAAGGGAGCAGCCAUGAUCAUCGAGUCCCUCGGGCUCUGUUAUCAUUUGACCUGUUUUAAGUGCAUCGACUGUAAGUCUGAACUCGGGGGAUCGGAGGCUGGGGCUGAAGUCAGAAUACGAAACAAACAGCUCCACUGUAACUCCUGCUACAUCCGGUAUAAAGUUGGCCAGCCAACCUCUAUGUGACGUGACUGUCCUCCAGCAGAUCGAUGAAGAGACUACUUGUGACAACAACCCUUGAACAUUUAAGUGAACGUUGAAGCCAUUGCAAAUAGCUGGGACACUUGGUAUGGACAUGUUUCCAUUAAUGAAAAUCUCAGUUGCCUCGCUGAUGAGAAUUAUAUUCGUGUGUGAUUGAGAGGGUAAGCUUGCAAAGAAGUUAUCUACUUUAAUGUUUAUAUCAUAUUAAGUAUUACACUAUGAAAGGGUUCUGCAUGCGCCAGAGUUAUUAAAUGUUUAAGCCACAAACAAAACUAGUCAAUACGUUAAAUUGUAAGAUUGUUUAUGAUGUUUGUUAUGACCUUCGCUUAUAAAGAUAUUAGAGAUCUUGAGAGAGUUUUAAAGGUUUCAAUCUCCUCUUACACAUGCUUUUAUUUCCGCUCAGUCUUGUGGUAUUAACAUGUUUGUUUGUUUUGUUUGUAACAGGGAAAAGUAAUUAAGAUUACUCUAUUAGCAUUCUUGCAAAACCUAUUUAAAACCGUCUGCUUGGAUAGCACUUGUCUGGAGUUUUCACUGAUAGAUAGAGGAUUGUACACACAAGCAGGUUUUCGUGUAAAGAAUAUAUAAUACUGAAUGGCAUUGAGGCAAAACGUAACAUUUGUAAAUAAAAUGACUAUAUGCUCAUC